AUGAGAUUGGGUAGAAUCUUGAGUGUUUCUGCUCGUGUGGUCAAAGGAGUCCAGCGACCUGGGUUGGUGGGCCGAAAAGCAGCUUUGACAAUAACUCCGGAAGCUGUUAACAGAAUCAAGGACUUGAUGAAAGAUCGACCUGAUGUCAAGGCGCUAAAAGUGGGUUUUAUUUUUUUGCGGCGUUUUGGCGCCAUUUUUUAACGUUUAGGGGCGAAGCUGGGCGCAUCCAUGUAGUCGUUAAUAAGAGGUUUUGGGAAGGUUACAUAUUCAUGGACAUACCUAAAGUUAUUAAUUUAGAUUGGAGUCCAGCAAAGAGGUUGUAAUGGUUUAACUUACACAUUAGAUUAUGCCACAGAGAGGGCAAGGUUUGACGAAGAAGUUGAACAAGAUGGAGUGAGAGUUUGGAUUGAUUCUAAAGCUCAACUCAGUUUAUUGGGUUCAGAAAUGGAUUACAUUGACAACAGGCUUUCUUCCGAAUUUGUGUUUAAAAAUCCUAACAUAUCUGGGACAUGCGGAUGUGGAGAGAGUUUUAGUAUUUAG